AUGGACCCGCACUACUUCCGCUGCGUCGAAGCGGAAGGCGCGGCGGCGCAGCCGCGCAGCGGCGGCGACGGCUGUGAACCUCCUGAGCCGCGUGAGAGCGUCACAUCAGCCGCAGCAACAACCACGGCCCCGCCAGCUACCGCGCAUCAAACCCCGCCCGCACAGGUUCCCAUAAUCAACACCAACACCUACAGCAACGCCUCUGGCAGUGGUGCCGCCGCGCUGCGACGCCGCCGGACGCCAGCCGUCAUACCUCCCCCCAGCCUCCUCCGCGUCACCCCCGGCGAGCGCGGCUCGGGUUGUACGGCAUCAGCUGAGCUCCGGGCGGUCUUCCCCGUCCCCCCCGCGGUAGUGUUCGGGUUGCUCACUCAUCCGGACAAGAGCGGGGCCUUUAGCAACAUCCUGGAGGUGUACGACAGGGUGGAGGUGACGCCGCCGCCGCCGCCAGGUAGGCCGGCGGUGGAAUCCUCGCCUGGAGAGGCCGCCGCCGCCGCCGCCGCCGCCGCUGCCGCCAACAGCCCCCGGUUUCGAGUGUUCGAGGAGACACAGGUGGGUGAGACCGCUCUCCUGUGGCGCCACUCGAAGUUCCGAAACCGUGUACGGCUGGAGGAGGACGCGAGGGACCCGGGGCUCAUGGUGCAAAGGUUCAAGCUGCUUCACGGGGCAGACAGGGGAAGCGAUCCACAGGACAACCUAGAGCGCUUCGAGGGAAGCUGGUUCGUCAGUUCAGUGCAAGGGCCAGAACUGGAGCCGGAAGUAGACGAGCUGGAGAAGGUGGUGGUAGGGGAGGUGCAGGUGCAGGUGGAGGUGGAGGUGGAGGUGGAGGAACCCCAGUUUGUCGAGGUAGGCAUCCGCGAUGACGCCGAUGCUGCUGGCGGAGCAGAAGAUGACGGGGUGCAGGUGGAGAACCUUGUGUCCGUGGCCAGAGGCGAGGGUGGCGGCGACGGUGACAUAUCGUCCUGCACAGAAGACACGCAUUCGCCGCAUCCUGAGAGUGUCGAGGACGGCUGGGAGGACGUGGGCGAGUCGCCCGUGCUUGUGACGGCCAACACGGUAGCCGCAGUCGGAGUCGCAGUCACCGGCGCCAACGGAUGUGGAGUCUCAGAGCUAUCUGUAGUGGACACAGCCGCAGGAGCCGCAACGGCGCCAGACGGCCCCGCUGCGGCUCCUGCUGCUGCAGGCGAUGCGGCCCCCGAGAUCGGCAGCAGUGGCUCUGACGAUGCAGCUGCUACAACCGCCCAGAUCGGCAGCAGCAGCAGCGGCAACGGCAGCGGUGCUGCAGCUGACAGUCCCGCAGUAGCGAUUGGGUUGGGACGGGAUGUGCAGACGCCGCCCCCGUCACUGCCACCGCGGCUGUUGACGCCGACAACGAUGUCCGCACAGGCGGCGAGGGCUGCUGGCGCUGCGUCCUCCUCCUCGUCCUAUGGGGGCGCUGGCGGCUGGUGUCUUGUUGUUCUCAAGCACGGCCUGACACCCAAAGGUGUUCCUCUGCUGGUCCGAGCCGCGGCGGCAGUGAGUCGACUACACCAGGAUCUAAAGAAGAUGGUGGAGAAGGUCCUCCAAGGCGCCACAGUGGACGAGGCCGUAGCUGCUGUACGAGGCGAGCACAGCGCUCACCACCGCGCGCAUAAGCAGUUACACCAGCAGCACCACCGCCACCAAAACCGGCAUCAGGAGAAGGGACGGCCAGAGGUGAAGCACCACGACCGUCCACUGCCGCCGCAGGACACAGCCGUAGCCGCCAGCGGCAGCAGUGUCGGUGAUAGCAGCAGCGGCGGCGGGGGGCCUUCAAUGCAACGAACUCCAGCGGUGGCAGCGGAGCCCUGGGUACCCGAGCCUGUUUGA